UGUGGCCAUGGUUUUCAAAGUUCUUAGUUUUCCAUGAGCUCACAUCGCAGACCUUGAUUUAAAGAAAAUGCUUGAUAAUCACACAGUAGCUGUAGCGUGCUUAAAGCCUCGUGAAACCAAAAGGUCGACAUGCAUUUAAGUUUCGUCUCUUCGUUUUCCUCUAGAAAGGUUGAUGGUAACAAAUAUUAAUGCCUCGUUAAUCUAAAAGUUGGAGACAGCUAUCAUCAUCAUACUUUCGACUCUUUGUAGUCCUCUCUAAAGAGAUGUCUUCUUCCAUUGUUAAAAUCGGAAUAGAUAGCAUCAAAACAACGGUAACUGAAAAAGAGCGAGAUAUCAACCGUCUUGUGAAGACAUUCUUGUCCAACAAAAACAACAGGAAGAAGAUCAUUGGUCUUGAUACCGAACGGGUGCAAAAGGGAAGAAAGCUAAAUAAGACCGUCUUGUUGCAGCUCUGCGAUGGUGACAAUUGUCUAAUAGUACAACUUCCCGAUGAAGAUGAAGAUGAAGGUGAAGGUGAAGAUGAUAAUCUGCCACUCCCCCUCUUCAAUUUUCUCAAUCUACCCGAGUUCACAUUUGUGGGCAUUGGCAUAAACAAGACUAUGAUGAGGCUUGAGAGUGAGUUUGGUUUGACCUGCAAGAAUGUUGUUGAGAUUGGACCCGCCACAUGGAAUCUGACCAAUAUGACGACCGAUGUGAAAUUUAGGAUCAGUGCUAUUGUUUCGACUGAGAGACCAUCAAAUGCCGUACUUGAGGACUGGGAGAAAUUUGUUCUCAAUAAGAACCAGAUCAAGCUUGCAGCCUCCAAUGCAUACUUUGCUUUUGGCAUUGGGAACAUUUUGUUGGAUGUUCAGAUUUUAAGUUAAUGAAUCUAGAUUUCUGUUUGUCUUUCUUUGUUUUUCUUUCUUAUGUUCUUCAGUAUCUUGUUGUAGUUUGCAUUUCAACCGUUUUAAAGACCACAAAAUGUGGUAUUUGGUUCUUCAUUUUUUUGUUCUUGUUCUCUCUGUUAGACCACAAAGUGUAAUAUUGGGAAAGUUUUGAGGUUAAUUAGACUGCCACAAUAAGCGUUCAACUAGCUAGAGUCUGAAUGAUUGUAGCCACCCUAAACUCUGAGGUCAAGGUAAAGGUAUAAUAUUAUUACU